AUGGUCUCCAAGAAAUGCUUCGUGCGGAUUGUGUCAUUCAUCCUCUUUUCUGCCGGCAUAUGCAUUUGGAGCACGAAGCUCAUGAUGAUAGGAGCCAUGGGAGCGGUGAUGAGUCAGACAGCCACCGGACCGGUGCUGGCAGCCUUUGUAGUGAUCCCACCCUUGGGCCUUCUUGUAGCAGUGAUGGACGCUGUUUCAGGUCGAUCCUCAGGGGGAAUCUACAUGACUCCGUUGGACAUUCUCUGGCCGGCAACCGUGGUUGCGACUCCCUUGCUUGGUCUGUUCUUUGCAAUGGCCAUGGUUCCGGCACCGCAGGCGAACGCCAACCAAGAGGUUUUACAACUCCAGGCCAGGGCGGCCAUGCUCCAAGUGUAA